AUGACGUUUUAUCGAAUACCCAAAAAAGAAAGUGUUCGCCGGGAAUAUAUACGUUUACUUCGGAACGAUAAUUUAAAGUUAGAGUCCGACAGCACACGCGUUUGCUCUGCUCACUGGACCGGAGGUAAAAAGCUCAGCAGAGAACACCUUCCAUCGAUAUUUCCUUGGAGUAAAAAGAAAACAGAGCGGCGGGUUUUGUCCCGGACGGAAUCGACUACAAACGUAGGAGGUAAGAAAAGGAAAGCCGAUGUUUCUACUACCGAAAUAGACCAAGGUCCUCUUUUUGACAUUGAUCAUGAGGAAACCAUUCAAGCUUCUUUCUGCGAUGCUGCGACGCAAACUGAAAUCACUGUAGAAAUACUGGAUCAAAUUGAAUCGGAACUUAAAGAAAUCAUAGAGAAGAAGGACAAGGUAGCAAGGGAGAGAGACGAGUUAUCGAGCGCGACAAAGAGACUUCAACAUUUAGUGAAAAAUCCGAAAUUUGACAUCUCAAAGUUUAAGGGCAAUGAUGAAGAUGUUGAAUUUUACACAGGUCUUCCACACUGGGAUGCACUUAUGCUUCUUUAUGAUAUGGUCAAUCAGAAAGCACAGAACCUGAACUAUGGCAGUUAUGAAAAGAAAGGAAUUGGCUCCGAGCAAAAGCUAGGUAGACCUAGAGCACUUACAUUAUUUGAAGAGUUUGUGUUGACUCUGAUGAGACUUAGGCUUGGCUUGUUACAAAAGGAUCUUGCCCACAGAUUCAAUGUUUCUGAAACUACUGUGUCUGUUGUAUUUAACACUUGGGUUCGGUUUAUGAGGAUUGAACUGGAGCCUUUAAUUUGCCUUCCCAGGAGAGAGCUUUUACAUGAGCACAUGCCAAAAAUUUUUAAGGAACUUUAUCCAAGAACAGUUCUAAUAAUCGAUGCUGUUGAAAUUCGAGCAGAGAGCCCCUCAUCACUUGACAUGCAGUCAGUGUGUUAUUCUUCAUACAAGGGCACAACAACUAUGAAAGGACUUGUUGGUCUUUCGCCUAUUGGAGCCCUGGGAUUUUUAAGCGAGCUAUACACUGGCAGCAUAAGUGACAAGGAGCUCACCAAAAUGUCCAAUGUGAUUGACUACUUACACCAUGGGGAUGAUGUCAUGGCAGACAAAGGAUUUGACAUACAAGAUGACUUUGCUGCAAAGGGGGUAACUGUAAACAUACCCUCUUUUCUUAAAGGAAAAACUCAGUUCAGUGAGGAAGAAAUGGCACACAACAAAAAAGUUGCUAGCCUAAGAAUACAUGUAGAGAGAUGCAUUGAGAGGAUGAAAAACUGGCAUAUUUUUGACAGCAGGAUUCCCAUAACAUUGGCCCCUAUUGCUAGUGACAUGUUUAUAAUCAUAGGGGCACUUACAAACUUUUUGCCACCUCUCAUUGAUUAA